AUGGACCAAGAUUACGGGUCCAAUGUGCCGCUGCGUGGUGGCAUUCCACGCCUGUCCAGGCUACCCAUGCCACGUGCAAGCGCGUCCAUGGACAACCUGAAACUCAGUGCCAGAGGUCAACAGGAUGACUUGCGUAAGAAAUCCGGCUUACCACGUCCAUCAGGCCUGGCAGGGCCAUUGGGAGAAAAUCUAAAUCAGUCGCUUCGUUCCCGCUUUGCAUGGGGCGAGAAGCCCAGAAAUCCGAGAAGCGCGUCGCCAGUGAGGGAUGCUCUUCGCGACGCGUACACCGCCACCUUAGAGACAACACCUCCCAAUGUAAAAGACGAUCCGGCAGUAUUUGAAGAUGGCUCGGAAAAUCCAACCACUGCCAGAGCCGAUCAUGGAGUCCCAGAGAAACGCAAACCUCGACCGUCAUUGUCCGAACGAACGACGGAGACAUUAUCGCAAGUAUCGCCGUGUCCAUCGCCAAUGCCUAGAAGGACAAGCUUUGUCAACAGCGACAACUCUAUGCCACCCCCAAUGCGACCGACAUCGAGAACAUCGCGUCCUACAACUCCAGCAACGACUCGUGCAGAAUCGCCGUCGAAGCGAGCCUUUCGACCACCGGGAAGAGCUUCGCCUACCAAAGAUGUUGCACCCUUACCCACGGUCAUGUCGCCAGGUGAUAUCUAUACACCACCUAGAGCUUUUGUUAGAGACCAGCGGUCAAGAAUUGCGAAACCUUUACGAGACCCACGCCGAUCAAUGAGUUCUGCCUUCGAAAACCCUGCUACGCAUCAAAACUCUUCGUCCUCGGUGAAAACUUCCUCCCAGCCCAUGAAGGGCAAAUCAGUAUACGGCAGCAAAACCAUUGGGUCUCAUACAACAGCGCAGAGGCCCUCCAUCUCAUCAAUCUUCAAGAAUCCAGCACUGCCGUCACGAGAGACCAAUCCCUUGCCAUCUGUGGGCGGUUCAAAGCCAACUGUUUCGAAAGCCAAGGCCAAGCCAGAGAGCAAGACCAACUCGAAGUCAGAGCAGCAACGCCAUACCGGGACUGCACAGGAAACACCCGCCACGAGCUCCCCGAAGUCGUCGGCUGCCCUGCGUGAGACGAUCGCCAAAGCAAAAGCAGCCAGGAGGGACAUGUUGAAGAAAUCAGGAGGCGAACCUACACGGCAAUCCGACGACUUUUCGACCGGUUUCGGACAGCUCGAUGACCUGCCAAAUACCGGAGAUAAAAAGGUUUUAUUGAAGAAGCGUAUCCAACAAGCAGUAACGACAGGGCAAUUGAACAUUGCCGGAAUGAAUUUGAAACGAAUACCCCCAGAGAUAAUGAAAAUGUACGAUCCAGAAGACAACAAAAUAGACUGGUCCGAAAUGGUAGACCUCACGAGAAUGAACGCAGCAGAUAAUGAAAUUGAGGAGCUUGAAGGUGAAGUCUUUCCCGACUUUUCUGAGUAUGAGCUUCAAAACGACGACGAGAAGAGCAAUCAAUUUGGAGGCCUAGAAUCCAUCGACCUCCAACGAAACAAUAUUCAACGACUUCCUAUUGGGUUUCGAAGACUGGCUAGGCUACAAUCAUUGAAUCUAACAGCCAACAAGCUUGAGAUUGAUGCUUUCCAUAUCCUUCACCAAAUCUCACAGCUGAAAGAACUUUUUUUGGGCGAGAACCUCAUCAGCGGAAGUCUAGUUCUCGAUCAGUUCGAGUUCCAUGAUCUGCAAGUGCUCGACCUGCACGGUAACAAUAUUGACAACCUCGGGGAACAGACGUUGUUGCGCAUGAAGAGUCUCAAGAAAUUAGAUGUCAGUGCCAACAAGCUUUCGAGCUUGCCGUGGGAGACUCUUGGAAGUCUGCCGCUGACUGAACUGAAUGUUUCCAAGAACCGUCUCAAGGGAAUGCUUUUCCGUUCUGCAUCUCACUCGCCUGAACUGCGCAGCUUAAAUGCUUCGUACAAUGAUUUGGAAGGGGUCUGUGACGAUGAUCUUGACCUACCUAGUCUGCGAACCCUCAUUUUGGAUGGUAAUCGAGUGGCUAAGCUGCCUUCACUAGCCAAAUGUAAGCAGCUUCAGAUGCUCACGAUCGCCGAAAACCAGCUGGAUGAAAUACCCUCUGAGUUUUUGCAUCUCGACCAACUAGCAUCGGCCCACUUUGGGCACAAUAACAUCAGACUGGUUGACCCGGAGGUCUCUAAGAUGACAAAGCUGUCCAGCUUGAAUCUUGUUGGCAACCCAUUACGAGAAAAAAAGUAUCUAACUAUGAGUACGACUGAGUUGAAAUUGGACUUGGAAAAGAAACUGGAGGAUCCUAGUCUUGCAACGGGACCACUUGACGACACAUUGAAGCCCACACCAGAAUAUCGGUUCAAGGCUGCUAGUGGUAUUCUGGACAUGUCUUCGCAAUCGUUAUCGGGUGUCGACUUGUCUGAAAUCCAUCUCGACGACUCAAAUGGACCGAUAAGAACUCUGAACCUCUCGAAUAACGACCUCACCACUUUUCCUGUUGACCUUCUCAAUCACCCAAUGCUGAAGUACUCGCUGCAGGUGUUGGAUCUCGGCCACAAUCCGUGUCUUCAUUCGACAGAAUACCUCACUUCAGAGCUUUUCUUGCCAAACCUCAAGUCUUUGUAUAUCGUCAGUACUGGUUUAACGUCACUUGACGCAUUGACGACGUAUCUCAAAGCACCGUGCUUGAUCGAAUUGAACAUCUCUUGCCACCGCUUGGCCGGACGUGUCCCUUGGGUACGAGCUUGGUGGCCAACUUGCACAACACUACUCGCCACUGACAACUGGUUCUCAAGUGUCGACGUCGAAGGCGUGCGUGGGUUGGAAGUACUCGACAUCCGUAACAAUGAGAUCGAGACCCUUCCACCCAAGAUUGGCCUUUUAGGCAACAAGCCAGGCAGUGCGAGAGAAGCUGGAAAGCUACGUUCACUCGAAGCCAGUGGCAACAAAUUCCGUGUUCCAAGACUGGCUAUCAUUGAAAAGGGCACCGAGGCUGUCUUGAAAGAUUUGAGACGAAUGAUCACUUUAGACGAAAUUCCUGAGGGGUGGCAAGAAUUUGUUUGAUAUUGCAUUUCCACGAUUCAAUUCUUACCAAACGGUCAGUCAAUUUUUGUUCGACACGAUAUUUUCUUUCAAAUCUGAAGGACUUCUUUAGCAAGCGGCAUUCUUCACUUCACAUCAUUUUAUUCACAGCAUCUUCACUUCACUCCGUCCUUGUCGCAGAACCUGUUUUUCAAGACGCUGUGACGGGCAGAAUCGGCAUAAAAUUUUGAGAUUGGCGUGAGCGACGCUUGGUAUUUUGGAUAGCGUUUUCUGAUUGUAUAGGUGGCAUGUGCUCCCAGCAUGAUUAAUGUAUUAACUAGCCUUCGACUGUAGAUACUAGGGCGAUUUAGAUAUCAGGCACUCUGUAGGGAGUAUAGGACAAAAUUCU